UUGUUCAGUGAUGUCGCGAAAAACUGUGAUUUUUACGUGAAUUUCUGUGAAAAUGCAAAUAGCGAGAUACGAAACCCAAGUGGAUUUUCGCUAAUAAUGUUUUUAGAGUUGAUAGGGAUGGAACACCCGAGUCGUAAAAAAUACAGAUUGCGGUAAUAUUGGCUGAACGCAUAGUGAACCUACGGAACCCUUUGUCAUGGAUAUGCAGGCUCCCAAUGAAAAUUCAAAAGAACAAACUGAAAACAGCCACUUCUGGUCAUACCAAGCAGCACGCAACCAAUCAGUAUACGCGGCCGCCAUCCCUGGGAUGCCUGAAUUAGGGAUGGUGUGGAUGGGAGACAUGAUGGUACAUGGGGAACCUACCCACGAAUUAAUGCUGGACCCUCGACAUGCCGAGAGUCCCUUCUUUUCGCACAGUUCUCAUUCUUUCGAGGAUCUUCGAAAUCAUCAGAUGCAACCUACAACUAUGGUCCGUUAUUUACCUCAACAAUAUCAUGGUGAAUGUUCCGAACCUGAUGAAGCCAUGGAGGCUGUCGACGUCCAGGAAAUGCAUCACGGAUACGAUCCACAAACAGAGGGCAACGAAAUGACUGAAUAUAUGACGUUGGAAGAUUAUAUGACUGAGGAAGAUCGCGAACAAGUCGUAAAUAACGCAGCGACCCAAACCCAGGAUAAUCGGAAUCGAAAGAUUAAACCAAUCAAACAUCCUGGUCUUGUGCUCAAAACGCCAAUCGCCUAUCAGCCCCAUACUGAUCUGAACUUCAUUCCCAUUCGCAAGGAUGGAAUUGCCGUUUGCGAAAAAUGUGGUGCCAUCGGUGUGAAGCAUGCCUUUUAUACGAAAGAGCGCCGAUUUUGCAGCAGAGCUUGUGCGCGAUCUUCAGAACACACAGCACCUGCUGCAGAUUCUACAUAUAGUCCGUGUCAUCAACUGGAGAAUCCGAUCACGAAUCCCGUUUCGCCCGAAGAACUUGAGCCAGAAAUCGAUAUAGCGCCAAAGGAGGAAGAAGUGGAACAGAAGGAAUUGGAGAGAAAAGAUAAAGACAUAGUGAAACUAGAACCAGUGAUGCCGGAAGAUUUGCCUGUGAGAAGAAAGCGAACUGCUGAGAUGGCUGGAUCCUAUGAUUGGACUCCUCAGCUAGUUGAACACGGCUUUUGCGCUGCUCCUGUCUCUUGUUUCAAACAUGCGCCGAUAUCGGAGAUAUGGGACGAUAUAACAGUGGGAAUGAAGGUCGAGGUUGAAAACACAGACUGCGAUGAGGUUUGCGAGGCCUUUCCAGAUUCCUUCUGGGUUGCAACUGUUCUUCGCAUUUCUGGAUAUCGAGCGCUUUUAAGAUAUGAAGGCUUCGGUCACCAUGAUGACAGGGAUUUCUGGGUCUCCCUUUGCUCAAACGAUAUUCAUCCCGUCGGCUGGUGUGCUACGAUAGGCAAACCUUUAAUCCCUCCUAACACGAUUGCUAAUAAGUACAAAGAUUGGAAAGACUUUCUGAAGAGACGGCUGACUGGUGCGAGAACGCUGCCAACUGAUUUCUACAAUAAAGUGAACGACAGUAUGAAAUCUCGUUUCCGGUGUGGGCUUCAAUUAGAAGUUGUAGAUAAAAAUCGAAUAUCCCAAGUGAAAGUAGCCACGAUACAGAAGGUUGUUGGGAAACGAUUGCAUGUAAGAUAUUACGAUUCGCCGCCUGAGGACAAUGGAUUCUGGUGUCACGAAGACUCACCCUUGAUUCAUCCAGUUGGAUGGGCGAGGAAAAUUGGUCAGACGUUGGAUGCCUAUCCGGCGUAUUUGGAACGGAUCUCGAUGAAGCAGUUUUCGAACGACGACGCGACAGAGGAUCUGUUCUAUGUGCCAAAGAAUCAUCAAAUGAUGCCAGGAUAUAAGUUUCAGGAGGGAAUGAAACUGGAGGCGAUAGAUCCACUCAACCUUUCUGCGAUCUGCGCCGCAACCGUGAUGCGAGUUUUGAGGAAGGAUUUUAUCAUGAUUCGCAUCGAUAGUUACGACGAAGACGCCAGUGGGGCUGAUUGGUUUUGUUAUCACUCCUGUUCACCCUGCAUAUUUCCUAUUGGGUUUUGUGCCCAACAUGGCUUGCCGCUCACUCCGCCCAAGGGAUACGAUCCUACGACCUUCGCUUGGGAUUCGUACUUGACUGAAACUAAUACCGUACCUGCGCCUGUGCAUCUCUUUAAUCAGGAGGUACCACAACACGGAUUUAUCGAAGGAAUGAGACUCGAGGCUGCUGAUUUGAUGGAUCCUAGAUUAGUUUGUGUAGCUACAAUUACUAGAGUCAUAGGGAGGCUACUAAGGGUCCACUUCGACGGAUGGGAGGAUGAAUACGAUCAGUGGCUGGAUUGUCAAAGUCCUGAUAUUUAUCCCGUCGGAUGGUGUGACCUCGUCGAUCACAAGUUAGAAGCGCCGCGGAUUCUUAGUAAAAACACUAGUCCUACAGUGAAAUCACCAAGAGGCCUUAAACGUAAAUCUAAGCGUAGAAUGAAGCGAAGUGGGAAGGUGCUGUGCGGGAGAACAAUUCUUCCUCGGCACAGCGAACGUAUCAACCCUACUCGCGAGAAGGAUAGAUUAAGAGAAAGAGAUCGUGAGCGUGACCGAGAUAGAGAUCGAGAUCGAGAUCGGGAAUUUGAACCUGCUCAAGGAACUAAAAUAGAAAGAGAGCGAGAGUUGGAGAGUCUGCCCGAGCAGGCGAGUCGAGAACCUGAGCCUGCAGAAGAGCCAGCUGGUCCAGAUCAAACACUACCCAGUCCUACGAGUUGUCAAGGUCAAGCCUUAAUUGAAACUCAAAGUGCACAUCAAAACCCCCCACCUCCAAAGGAACCAACUCCGACUUCGUACGUGAAUGUUACGGUGACGAGUGGAAAAUACAUUCCAAGGCUAGCGGACGGUCUCCAAAAGUCUUCCGAUGCCGGCGAAUUGGUGCCAUCGGAGUGGAAUGUGUUCGACGUGGCUCAAUUUCUUCGUGUCAACGACUGUACAACCUAUUGUGAGAACUUUAGCAAACAAAAAGUGGACGGAAAGACUCUUCUGAUGCUCACGAAGGACCAAAUCAUAGACUUAACUGGUGGCAAGGUCGGACCUUCUCUUAAGAUUUACGAUCUUAUACAACAAUUAAAAAUCAAAGUGAAUCCAGCUCAGGAAAGAUUAAAGUUAGGACUAAAAAAAUUAUUUUAAAAGAGCUAUCGUGUGGCUUUUAAGUUUACUAGGUUCCAGCUUUUGCUUAUGUUCAGCAUGGAUUUACAAGUAAGGGUAGUGAGUUUUCGUAAUUUAAAGUUUAAGCUACAAGUCAAUCAUUUAAGUCUUCUCUUGAAUCUUGCUGUGAAACGUUUAAGCAAUCUUAAUUCUUUUAGGAAAUUCUUUUAGGAAAAAAAAUAAAUGAUAUUAUGAAGCAAAUAUUCGGCAAUAAAUAGGUACUGUAGUUUUUUUUUUAAUUUUCUCCGUGAGAACAAAUUUGGGCUUUUAGGAGUUUAUAUGGUAGGACGAUUCAGUGUACGCGGAAGAGAUGCCACCCACAUGACUGAAAAUUUUAUAUUAAUUUUACUUGCAGUUUAUACAAUUUUAGACAUUUUUUUGCUUUGUUACGUAACCGUUAUGUGUAAAUCCAUGCUUUGACUUGUAAAAUGUACACUAAACGGAAUGCAGAUGCACUGGUCUGAAGUGGUCGAGAUAUUUAAAAAUGCACUUCUUAUGCCUUCCGAGAGGGAAAUUAUCGAUGGGUUAAUUACUCGGAUUUUUGGUGUACACUCGAUUGCAAAAGAUUAUAUGGAUGAUAGGAAAUUCAUCAUAGAAAAUCAUUAUACAGAAAACAGUUAUAGGAUGAUCAGCAUUGGAAUAAAUAUGCAAAAAUAUUGAAGAAAUUAAUGUAAAUAAAUAGAGGAACUGCAAAGGAAUGAUUUAUUUUAUAAAGUAUUAAAGUACGCAAAAAUAGCGAUUGUGUAAAAAUAAACUUUACACAGAAAAAAAUCUGUGAAUUCCUUUGAUAUCUUUCAAAUCUCUUAUAGUUCAAUUGAAAUCCAUAUGCAAUUUUUUGUUGAAUCACUUGAAAUUCCCCAAAAUCUUGAAAAUAAUUGGAGGUCGUUAAGAAUCACUUGAAAUUAAAUGACGUUUCCUUUAUUUUCCAAAGUCCUCUAAAAAUCCCUUGAAAUCUUCGAAUUCGCUAGAAAUGACUUCAAAUUAAAUUUAUUUUCCAAGGUUUACUAGAAAUAUUAUGAAAUCUUUGAAAAAA